AUAGAGCAAGUUGCUUUAGUAUCCGGGGUGCAUCACUAAAAUAUUUUCGAUUUAGUAAUUAAAGGAGCAGUAAUAUUGCAAUUUUUACAUAGUGCUUCACUACUUGCAUACCAAUUUAUAAAAACUUACGGAGCUGCAAUAUAUUUAAAAAAAUUAAGCCCUGUAACGAGUGUACAAGUAUUAGCGAAAUAGAGUGCCCAAGGAAAGGCACGACCGUCUUGUUUUAAGCAAAUUUAAUUGUGUGAAAAAUCUCUUGAAUUGUUGCUGGCUUAUCGAAGUAAACCUUUUCUUUCAAAUAACCCCAAAGAAAGAAGUCCAACGGUGUCGUUGACGUUUAGGUGUGGUUCACAUUCAACAUCGGCCCUUGAAAUCUAACCACCCUUUAUUACUGUAAUGAGCGCCUUGCUCUAGAUCUAAGAGCGACACCAAGUUUUAAUACUUUAUAUGAAUUCAUUUUGGCAUAACUCUCAAACUAUUAAUGUUCAUUUGUAAAGCCUAUAAAAGGAAAUGUACGAUAGAGGAGAUCAUCAUUUGGCGGUCGAAACUCGUACAGAUUUGAAUUUGAAUUUAAUUUGAUAAAAAUGAACUCAUGCCGCAAGAUGCGUAUUUGCGUAGUGGGUGCAGGUACCGCCGGUCUGGCAGCAGUGAAGCAUUCACUAGCGCAAGAUUUCGAUGUGGUGUGCUAUGAUAAAGGGAACGCCAUUGGUGGGCAAUGGGUCUACACAGACCCAACUGGAAUAAAAUGUGAGCAGAAUGUGCAUAGCAGUAUUUAUGAGGAAUUACGCACAAAUGUGCCCAAAGAAAUGAUGGCAUAUCCCGACUUCGAGUAUCCAAGUAGUUUGAAGCAGUCCUUUAUUAGCGCAACGGAUGUGUUAAAGUAUCACCAGUCGUACGCGAAACAUUUUCAAUUAGAGUCACAUAUCCAUUUAAAUCAUGAAGUGUUACGCAUACGACCGAGCAAUGGACGAUGGCAGGUACAUGUGCUAAAUACAGUCACUAAAGAGUUGGAUGUACAAGAGUUCGAUUUCGUAUUCAUUUGCAAUGGGCGUUUUGUUACACCAUUUUACGCGUCCAUUAAGGACUGGGAGCAGUAUCAGGGCAAGCGCAUGCAUAGUCAUACGUAUAGAAAAGCGGAGGACUUCAAAGACGACACCGUACUGAUUAUCGGCGCUGGCCGCAGUGGCAUGGAUUUAACCAAUCAUAUAAGAAAAACUGCCAAACACGUUUACCUCAGCCAUCACGUGACGCCGCCACCACGCACUGACUUCAUGCCGAACGUAACGCAGAAACCGAUCGUGCAGCAUUUCACAGCCUCAGGCGCUGUUUUCAGCGACGGCAGUGCGCACGAUUUUAGCGUCGUAAUUUACUGCACUGGUUUCAUCUACUCAGCACCAUUUCUCAGCGCUGACUGUGGCCUGUACGUGGACGAAAAUGCAGUAUAUCCACUUUACAAACACUGCAUCAACAUCAACCACCCAACAAUGGCUUUUAUAGGCCUACAAAUCUAUAUUUUCUCUGGUCUAUCAGACCUACAGGUACGCUUCGCACUCGAAUACUUUAGCGGGCGUAAGACGCUGCCUAGUCGGGAAGAAAUGCUGACCGAAAUAGAUGCCGAAUUAGCUCAACGAAAAGCCAAUGGGGAAAGGAAGUGGCUAACGCACGAAAUCCAUAAUCUGAAGUUGAAUAAUGUGAAUUACGAUUAUUACAAGGAUUUGGCGGAGACGGCCGAUAUCGCACCCAUUAAGCCGGUUAUAUUCAAAGUCAUGGAAAACACCUUCAACAAAUACUUAUACGAAUUGGACACAUUUCGUGAAACGGUAUAUGAAUUUGUUGAUAAUGAAAAUUUCAUAAUUCACCCCAAUGUGGAUGCGCUGAAAUGUAAGAUCUAAAAUGCUGAAUUUAUCAAAGGUGUACUAUUUAUAAAUUUAUGUAACACAAAUGUGAGCAAUAGUUAAUAAAAAAAUAUCAAUUCCUAACGUCAAUCAUUGUGAAAAUAACCUAUGGCUGUAUGUUUGACUUAAAUAAAUAAAUAA